CUUGCUUGCUCUUUUAGUACUCUGCGACCGCCAGCGAAGGUCCGCAACUUGCACGGUCACACCUCUCUUGCGUCCCUUGUCGUUGCCGGCGUGUGCCGUGGAGAUGGAUCCAGACUUGGGUUACUUCUUCCUUUGCUGGUAAGGAAGGGCUAUCUUGCUUGGAUGGGUUGUUCUUCCUCUUGUUCUGCUUAAUUUGUCUGUUCUUUGUUUUGAGCCCUCAAAUCCGAAUAUUUCUUGCUAGCAUGGAUACUCAAAUUCAUCCAUUUUGCUGCGGAUUUAUUUGUUGUCCGGAGACGUACUAAUAUCAGUUUAUUUAUAUCGAAAGUAAAGAUAUUGCUCUCGGUACUCUUGGCCUAUUUAUAUCCAAUGUAAAAUCUCGGUCUUGCGCUCUCAUCACCGCGCACCGCCCAUCCACCGGCCGGCGCUCUCGGUCUCGGCUUCUGCCUUCGGGACGCGUCACCCAUCCACCGCCCAUCCACCGUGAGAGAUCGCCGAGGCGAGGCGAGCCUUCGUCUACCGCAGCUCCUCCAUCGACGGCAAUAUGCAACUAAUGUUUCUUUCAGUUCAGGAUAAGUGUUGCCAUCAAGUGCAGGUGUGGUAGCAUUGUAAAUCGCAAUGAGGGAGGGUUCCCAGGAUAUUGAGAGCAAGGAGAAGUUGCAGUCAGCGGUACAAGGUGAUGAUGAAGAGCAGGCCGAACAGCUAAAUACAAGAGUCGCUGAUACACCAGAAGGAGAUUCUGGUUCAUUUUCAGCUGCUAGUAACGAUAAUAAAAAGGUUUCUCGUGAAGACAUUGAACUUGUCCAGAAUCUGAUAGAGCGCUGCCUACAACUUUAUAUGAACAAAGGAGAAGUUGUUAGGACUCUUUCUAACCGUGCACGAAUAGAACCUGGUUUCACUACUUUAGUCUGGCAAAAGCUUGAAGAAGAGAAUUCUGAUUUCUUUCGGGCCUACUACAUAAGGCUGAAACUGAAAAAACAGAUAAACUUGUUCAACCAUUUAUUGGAGCAUCAGUACCAUCUGAUGAAAUACCCAGUACCACAGCAGGUUCCAUUUGCUCCAACCCUAAAUGGAAUUCGUCCUAUGCCAGUUAACAAUUUGCCAAUAGGAUAUCCAGUACUUCAACAGCCUGGAAUGGCUGCUCCAGAUCAGCCAAUGUCAUGUGGUCCACCAAGCAGUCAUGUAGUAAAUGGGAUUCCUGCACCAGGUGGUUAUCAUCCCAUUUGUAUGAACUCAGGAAAUGGCAUGAUGGAGAAUGGAACACAUGAAACUGGACAUGCUGCAACAGCCUGCAGUGCUAUGUCGUCUGAGAUGGCUGUUAGUCCAUCUUCUGUGAUGUCAAGCAACCAUGUAUCUUUCACUCCAUCUGAGAUAUCAGGGAUGUGUGUGGAUGAAUCAGCAGCAAAUGCCACCUUUGGAGCUUAUGUGGGGAACGGAGGGACUCUGCAAAUAGGACCUGAUGGUGCCGAUGGCUCUUCUGUAGGCCAGCAGAUCUGGGAUUUCAGUCUUUCUGAUCUAUCAGCGGAUUUGACAAAUUUGGGAGACCUGUCAGCUCUUGAGAACUACUCAGGCAACCCUUUCCUGCCUUCAGACUCAGAUCUCUUGCUUGACUCCCCGGAUCAUGAUGACAUUGUGGAGUAUUUUGCUGAUGCCAUCAACGGGCCUUCUCAAUCGGACGAAGAGAAGCCAUAGACGAAGAUAAGCAUAACCCAGGCCAGGCUGCCACCUCUCUUAGUUUUACGAAAAGCUAUACUUCUGUGUCAAAUCCAACUGUUUGUUUACCUUAAAUAGGAACUGUAUCUGCCAUCAGCUGUGUGUAAUCAGCGUACAUUGCUAAGGAAUUUUGUAGUUAAUAGUCUUAAUUCUUUCAAUAAAUGGCGGCAUAGCCUCCUCCACUCA